AAAAAAAAUUUGCGGACGUGAAAGAUACAAUAGCAUUUUAAUAAGGUUGAAACUAAAUUUCAGUGAGCAAAUCCAAGUUUUGCGUUUUUUAUAAAAUCCUGACCCAAUUAAGAUAAUGUCAGAAAAGAAGUCUGAAAACUAUUUAUGGGUGAAUGCAGAACCUUUUGAUAUAGGUGUUUUACUUAUCCCACCACCGAGCAAAUUGACUCAUCAUAACUUAAGAAAACUGCAUGUGUAUGCAAAAAGCAAAGGUAAAGCAGGAUAUCCUAAUCUUAUAUUUCCAGUAUGGCACCAUGUUGCUUGCAAUAAACUGUCUAUAGAUGAAAAUCUAGCUUGGAUAUACUUCCAUACAUGUUCUGUUCUUAUUGGAUCUCAUGGGAAUGAAUCAAAUAUCAAGAAUGACCACAAAGAUCUUUGUAAAGAGAAGCGUAGUGUUGAUUUAUUGAAAUUUAUAUUGUACUUAUAUAUUCAACAUUCUAAUGUCAUUUCAAUGAAGUCUGCAAUUGUCACCGGGGAUGAGUACCCAUAUCGAAAUCGAGUCCAAGAAUUAGAGGGCAGAGCUGCCAUUGGUGUAAAGACUAUUGAUGAAAAUGCGCAAAUGUCCUUUGUUAUGGUUCACAUUUCUGAUAUUUUAGAAUUGCUUGUAGAGCCAGACAUAAAUAAUGCUAAAGAUGAGUUUCUGAAAUUGGAAGCUGUUAAUUCAUUGAGUUUUUUACUUGGGUCAAGUAAUAACACUCCAAUUGGGGAAAUUGCUUCACAGCCAAGAGAAGCUGAAGAGUCUGGAUUUGUGAAGAUAUCACAAACUUUUAAUUCAAAAAAGCUUCAAAGUUGGAUAAAGUCAAAUUUGCGACUUAACCCAUUUGGCGUUUUAUCCUGUUUAUCAUCAGGCUUAAAGUUAAAUUGUAAAGGUUUUAAUAGUGGUGAUGAAAGUUUAAAUGCAAGCAUAAACUUAUCUGAUGACACAAUUUUUAACACAACAUCAUUCAUGGAAAUUAAUACUUGUAAAGAUCAGCAUAAUAAAGAAACUGAUAUAAAUGGUUAUUUCAAAUUCCAUCAAACAAAUAUUGUUAAUAAAGUAAUUUCAAAUACAAAUUAUGCACCGGAACUAUACAAACGUUUAAUUUGUAAUCAAAUUUGUAAACGCACUGUUGCUCGUACAGGAAACUACUUAGCGCAUGCAUCUGUGAACAUUCAUAGAUGCCAAUAUUCACAUCUUUAUUUGUUAUCUCAUCUUCGCUCUGUUGUCAUUGAAAAAUGUCAUAAUUCAACCAUUGUUCUUGGAUCAGUGGCUACAUGUGUGAUAGUGGUUGCAUGCAAAAACAUUUGUUUGGUUGCUACCACAAAGCGUUUGUCUAUAAUCUCCUCCUCGAAUAGUUCUUUCCAUGUUUGUGUUCCUUCAGAACCAGUACUCAUUGGAAGUAAUGAAAAUAUUAAAUUGGCACCUUAUUAUACAUGGUAUCCUCAGUUAGAAAAAGAUAUGAAACUUGUUGGUUUACUUCCUGAACCAAAUUAUUGGAAUUUGCCCAUAGUCUUAAGUCGCAAAGAUGAUAGCAAUCAAAACAUAUGGCGUGAAUUACCUCCUGAAGAAUUUUCAAAGUUUGUUAUACCAUUUACUUUUGAAGGGACAACCAAGAAUUGUCCUGUCAGUAUACCUCGAAGAUAUAUCGAAGUAUUAAAUGAACGAGAAAAGCGGAUUGAACAAUGGCAUCAGUUAAUUAGAGAUUCAAACUUAAGUAAGGUGCAACGUGUUCAGCUACAGUCAGUUGUGAAUGAACGAUUUCAGGAAUGGCUAAAGGAGACUGGUAAUAUAACGUUUUUGGAAUCUUUAGCUCCACCUCAAAUUCGAUAAAUUUUCAAAAUGGCUUCUAUAUUAAUAUUGUAAACUUCUGGUCAACAAUUUAUUACUUGUAGUUCUUAUUUUUUUAAAUAUAUUUCUUACUUUUUA